GCCCUUUUUCGCCUCUCCGUCCAAAUAUAUACUGGUGGCAUUGAUCGAUCGUCAUUCCUUGUCCGUUCGGAGAGAAGUAUAAAGGAGGUCAGGUAAAAAGGAGCACACAGCCUGCAAAACUCGACCGUCGUCAACCAGGUGGUGCUUGCCGUGCUCAAUUGCUUGGGACCCGCGGUACAAGUUCCUUCAUCCUAUCGGUGUUGCCGGUUUCGCUCUCGCUGUUUCCUUGCGAUGCCUCGUCGCGCUGCCAGCUCUUCUCCCGCCAAUCAACCCGCCAACGCGCCCUCUUCUUCACUCGCCUCCGGAAAGGGCGGCAUCGCCAUCAAGGCACCCUCCAUCAGACCUAAUCGCCUAAGCCAGUUCUUUUCGACCUCUCCUAAGUCCAAGACCGAACCUCAGAGUGCGCAGGCCGCUAUCCAACUGGCCAGUGGGAUCUCCGUUCCUAGUACCGCCACUCCGCCGAUUAGCUCGGCCUCUCUGUCGCUUCCUACGAUUUCGCUUUCUACGGCUACUGCAGGAAACCCAAAUAUGGACGAGCCACCAACCACCCUCUUCCAGCCGCCGUCGCCCGAAGAGGCUCGUCGGCUGGCCAAGCAGCAUGCCCAAUUCGGCCCCAUUGGUCACCAUAGCCACCGGUAUACUAGUCGACACCCUGGCGGUGCCUUCCCGGAGCCCGUAAUGGAUGAACCGCCCUAUUAUUAUCUCCUCACCACCUAUAUCAGUUAUCUCAUUCUGAUCGCGUUCGGGCAUGUUCGAGAUUUCUUCGGAAAGCGUUUUCGCGAAGAGAACUACCGGCAUCUGAAGCCCCAAAAUGGAUACGGGGCUUUGAACAGUGACUUCGACAACUUCUACGUGCGUCGCCUCAAAUUGCGUAUCAACGAUUGCUUCGAACGUCCCGUCACGGGCGUCCCCGGACGUUACAUCACCUUGCUCGAUCGGGCCACGGAUGACCACAACAGGCACUUCUACUUCACCGGAACAACCACGGAUACCCUGAAUCUGAGCUCGUACAACUACCUUGGAUUCGCUCAGUCCGAAGGCCCCUGCGCGGACAUUUCGGAAGAAACGCUCAGAAAGUAUGGCAUUGUUUCCCCAAGUACUCGUGCAGAGGUUGGAACGCAGGACCUCCAUGUGGAAGUGGAGGAUCUGGUCGCGAAGUUCGUUGGAAAAGAGGCGUCCAUGGUCUUCUCCAUGGGCUUUGGCACCAAUGCAAACAUCUUCCCUGCUAUUGUCGGUAAGGGUUGUCUGAUCAUCUCUGAUGAGCUGAACCACGCCUCAAUUCGGUUCGGUGCGCGUCUCUCCGGUGCCUCCAUUGCCAUGUUCAAGCACAACGACAUGCAUGACCUGGAAGCCAAACUCCGUGAAGCUAUUAGUCAAGGCCAACCUCGCACCCACCGACCCUGGAAGAAUAUCCUGAUUGUCGUAGAAGGGCUUUACUCCAUGGAGGGUUCGAUGUGUAACCUCCCCGGACUGAUUAUGUUGAAGCGCCGCUACAAGUUCCACCUAUUCGUUGAUGAAGCUCACUCUAUUGGCGCCGUGGGUCCUAGUGGCCGCGGUGUCUGUGAUUACUUCGGAAUUGACACAAACGAAGUGGACAUCCUAAUGGGUACUCUGACCAAAUCCUUCGGUGCGAACGGUGGAUACAUUGCUGCGGAUAGGGCGAUGAUUGACAAGCUCCGCGCGACCAACUCUGGCGUUUUCUACGGGGAGUCGCCGGCCCCAGCAGUUUUGGCACAGAUCAUGUCAGCGCUGCGGAUCAUCAACGGUGAACUCGUUCCGGGCCAGGGUGAAGAGCGACUGCAGCGUUUGGCCUUUAACUCUCGGUACCUUCGCCUGGGGCUAAAACGUCUUGGGUUCAUAGUGUACGGCCACGAUGAUUCGCCAAUCAUUCCUAUUCUUCUCUUCAACCCUGCCAAGAUGCCGGCCUUUUCUCACGAGAUGCUCAAGCGGAAGAUCUCCGUCGUCGUCGUGGGUUACCCUGCUACGCCGUUGGUCUCUUCUCGGGCUCGCUUUUGUGUCUCUGCUGCGCACACUAAGGAGGACCUUGAUCGCAUCCUGACUGCAUGUGACGAAAUCGGAAAUGUUUUGCAGCUCAAAUUCUCCACGGGCAUUGCGGGUGGCGCUGUGACUGGAGACGUGACGGCCCCCCCGGAGAUGGAGAAGGAGUGGCGCCGCAAGCGGGAGCUGAGGGUUGUGCCUCCCAGAUGGCGGAUCGAGGACGUGAUCAGACGGGGUGUCCAGGAUGUCAAGUCCCCACUGUACUAAUCUUGAGAUGUACCGUCCUCACCGAGCUUUCUCGCUUCACACGCCGCUGAACCUGAUCUGACAAUUUUGUGACAAAGCUGUUGCAUAUACCGUUGGAGUUACUCAGC